AUGAGUCGCUGUGAUUUUAAAAUUGUUUUGUUAGGUAGUGAACAUGUAGGAAAAACAAGUUUAGUCAUAAGAUUUGUGAAUUGUAGAUUUAAUGCAUCGACCCCUUACCAGAAUACAAUCGGUGCAGCAUUCUGCGCUAAAGCAAUGUGUGUUAAUGGUAAAACAUUUAACAUCGGUAUAUGGGACACUGCUGGUAGUGAAAGAUAUGAAGCUAUGACGCGCAUGUACUACAGAGGCGCGCACGCCGCCAUAAUCUGCUAUGAUCCAGCAAGUUUACCAUCAUGGGCGAGAUUACGACACUGGUUACAAGAGUUGAGGACGGUCGAAGAGGAUUGUAAAGUAUACCUGUGCGGUACUAAAAAGGACCUAAUGGAUUCUGGGGCAGCUGCCCGUGAUGUCCCGGAAGAUAUAGUUGGAACAUAUUCCCAGGGAUUGCACGGGCAUUACCUCACAUCAAGCAAGACCGGGGAAAAUGUUGAUGAACUCUUUCAGAAGAUAGUAGAAGAUUGUGCAGCCGACAUCAAAGUAAUGAAGAACAUAGAAGAACAAAGAGUACAAUUGCAGAAGGAGGAAGACGAGAAGAGAAAAGUCUAUUGUUAUUGUUGA